AUGACCAUUGGAAAGUGGAAGGCAGUUGGGUUGAUUAGUGGCAGCUUUGUGUCCAGAAUCAGCGCAUUGAGAGUGAAUCAAAGUAAACAUUGCAUUUUCACGGCAUUCCGAGGCACGUAUCAUGGAUGCAUCGCCAUCGCUCACGAUCGCGUCUACAUCAGUACUGAAGACAAGCCGGUUCUGAUCGGAAGCAAGGACGACCCUGUGCCAGAGGGCAUCCGCGCCUACGCCGGCUUUGACGGCCUUCUAGACCAGGAUGCCACGCAGGAGGAUGUUUUCCAGGCUGCUGGAAAGGAAGCUGUGGACGGAGUUCUGUUUGGCCUCAACGCGGCCAUCAUGGCAUACGGCCAGACCUCUACAGGGAAGACGCAUACCAUGGUUGGCGAUCGAAAUCGACCAGGCCUUUGUCUUAAGGCAGCUGGACAUCUCUUUUCCGAGGCUGCCCUGUCUGGAUCGCAGAUCGAGGUUCAGGCAUCGUUCCUGCAGCUCUACCUGAACCACAUUACUGACCUCCUGGUGCCUGAUGGCCAUGAGCGGUCACUGAAGCUGAGGGAGGUGGUGGGUGAGGAGGGGACUGACACGAAAGUGGAAGGUCUUUCGGAAAGAUUGGUGCAGUCGAUGGACGAUGUGGCCGCAGUCCUGGAGGAGGGCAACCGCCGGCGGCAGCAGGCCUGCACGGCUCUGAAUGCCAGUUCCAGCCGCUCCCAUGCGGUGCUGAUCCUGAAUGUCACCCUCUGGACGGGGAGAUGCGAGAGAUCCGAGGAGGAAGAGGAGGGUGGGGAGGCCGAGGCCACCCAGGCGAAGCUGUACCUUGUGGAUCUGGCAGGCAGCGAGCGCGUGAAAGACUCGUGUGCGACGGGCGAUCGCUUCACCGAGGCAGUGCACAUUAACAAGUCACUGUUCGCCCUACAGGGGGUGGUUGCUGCCCUGGCUGACGGCAAGCCACACAUCCCUUUCCGGAACGACCCACUUACACAGUUGCUGCGACCAGCAUUGGGUGGGAACUGCUGCACCACGCUGGUGGCCACGGUUUCUCCAGCCCAGAAGCAUUCGCGCGAGUCGGAGGGCACCCUGAACUUCGCAUCCAGCUGCCGUCGGAUCAGGGGUGAGCAGCCGAGGAAUUCCGUCAAACGCCCGAGACCUUGGGAGUCGGCGCCCAAGGCCAAGGAGGAGGCGGAGGAGGUGCCAGAGUGUCCCUGGGCCUCCUUAGCCACGCUGGAUGCUGCUUGGGUGCUGUUGGAGGGCACCAAGAGCCAUCGAGGCAGCCUCCAUGACAGAGUCGACGUUGCUGGAUACGCCAGCAGGUUAAUGCAGCUGAGACGACUCGGGCAGUCAUUCCAAUACAUCCGGGAUGAAGGGGUGUGCCAAAUCCACGUGCUUACCUGCGGCCCUGCUGAUGGUGAGGCCGGGUGCUAUGCAGUGCUGCUCUUGCACGGCUGCCCUUCAGAUGCAACCACCUGGAAGUGGCUUUUCCCAGCCUUGAUCUACAACAAGUACCGCGCCAUCGCCAUCGACAUGCCUGGUUGCGGCAGCUCCCCUGGCACAAAGCUCAGCAGCCGCUCAGAGUUCAACGCGGCCAAGGGCGGUCCACUGGACAUCGCCUGUGCCGUAUUGGAUGCCCUGGGCAUCGCCAAAGCUGCUGUGGUCGGCUAUGUGGCGCGGUUGUCCGGGCGGGCCGACGCCUUGAAACCAAGGAGUCGGGUCAGCAAGCUGAUCUCGUUCCAUCCGUCCUACACGCCUCCGAAGGGCAACUCGAUUGAAGCUUUGCAGUUGGAAGGUGAGAACCUCAGUGCCAUGUCAGUUCCGGUUCUCGUCCUUUGGGUGAAGGAGGACCAGUUCCACAACCUCACCAAGUGGCGGAAGAACUUUGAGGCGCUGCCGGCCGGAAAGCGAGAGCUCGAGGUGUACACUUUGGGAUCUCGGUGGAAGCCCGGGAUGUCGCUAGGUGGCGACAAGCAGCUGGGACCCCAACUGCAGCGUCGAAUCGUGUCUUUCCUGGCCGGCGAGGCCCCGGAUGAAGCCGUCGGUGUCGGCUUAGAGAAACGCCUCGAGGCCAAAGGUGCGACCACGGCUGGGAAGCUGGUGGUGCACGCCCAGAAUGUUGUGGUCGCGGAUGCUCUCGACAAUGCUGGGGAGGUGGCCAGGGCUCUGCGUGAAGUGGAGGACCCCCGCAAGCUGGCCAUCUCUGAGUUCCGACAGUUGUGGACGACAGGCAAGCUGCCAGCGCUCUACUCAGAGCGCCUCGCUGGCUCAUCCGCCUCCUCCGCCAGCCUCUUCGGAGCGCUGCCGGACAUGAGCCCGGAGGCGCUCAGCGACCCAAGUGCGUUGGUGGAGGCUGGACUUUGGACAUCUGCCCCUCAGGGUUGGGAGCAGAUGCACAGCAAGCCCCGGUAUGCCGCAGGCCGGCGCGUGCUGGUGCGGGGUGCUGUCAAAACCAAGCCCUCAGAUCCGGACUUCAUGGCCUUGUCGGACAAAGGCUCCGACCGCACCACCUUCCGGGCGUGCGCGCUAGACAUCGCUAGACCAAAGGACACCCUGCUGGUUGAUGUGGAUGCCUCCGGCGGCGAGCCGAGGCUGGAGGUGCCAAAGGCAGAGGUGCUACGCCUCAACCAGCCGCACCGCUUCGCCACGAGCGGCAAGCACCUGCUCUUGGAGGAUGGCUUAAAGUGCGACUACUCAUCCCCACUUAUGCGGGCCAAGCUGUGUGAGAUCGCCCUGGCGCUGGAUCCCAUCGUCCAGCAGCUGGAUUUCAACAACGCCGACGCUGGCCAGGCCUUGCAGCUGAAGGCGGUGGAGGUGAUUCGGAAGUGCCUCGACAUCAUCACGUUUCAGAAGGGCCUGGAUCGGGGGCGCUCCUGUGCAAAGGAGGACGAUGUGGCGAAGAUGGCUUGCCAUGGCCAGGGACAUUGUCACACGGUCUCGUCAACCAUGGCGGGGUUCCUGUAUCCUUUCUGCAACGCCCUUGGCAUCGACCUGAAGUACAGGGGUGGUUACUCCUGGGGCGGCGUCAACCUCGGCGAGAAGGCCGAUGAGUCGGUGGAGGUGGCCGACAAGCCCGAGCGGCACCAGUGGCUGGAGCUAACGCUUCGCCCCUCCUUGACGACCUUCAUCUGUGACCUGUGGGUGGCAGAUGCUGUGGGGAGUGCUGCACUUCGGUGGCCCAUGGAGGAGGCAUACCGAGAUCGGAUCUACCCCAAUGGGACCUUCAACAUUGGCCAGGUGCAGGUCGAGGAGUUGGAGAGGGACUUUGACCUUGCAGAGUGA